CAAUUCUGUGGUGUUCUUGGUCACACAUUUAUGGAGUUUCUGAAGGGCAGUGGAGAUUACUGCCAGGCACAGCACGACCUCUAUGCAGACAAGUGAACUGUAGAAACUGAUUACUGCUCCACCAAGAAGCCCCCAUAAGAGUGGUUAUCCUGGACACAGAAGUGUUGAAUUGAAAUCCACAGAGCAUUUUACAAGAGUUCUGACCUGGAUGGGGUAAACCUCAGUGCACUUCUUUUCUGUUGGCCUCAGUAUUACUGGAUUGAAGAAUUGCUGCUUCUUGUUAGGAGGUUCAUUUCAUUUAUCAUUACUUACAACUUCAUACUCAAAGCACUGAGAAUUUCAAGUGGAGUGUAUUGAAGUAGACUUCAGUUUCUUUGCAUUGUUUCUGUAUUCAAUUUUUUUAAUUAUUUCAUAACCCUAUUGAGUGUUUUUUAACUAAAUUACCAUGGCUCGAAUGAACCGCCCAGCUCCUGUGGAAGUCACAUACAAGAACAUGAGAUUUCUUAUUACACACAAUCCAACCAAUGCGACCUUAAACAAAUUUAUAGAGGAACUUAAGAAGUAUGGAGUUACCACAAUAGUGAGAGUAUGUGAAGCAACUUACGACACUGCUCUCGUGGAGAAAGAAGGUAUCCAUGUUCUCGAUUGGCCUUUUGAUGAUGGUGCACCACCAUCCAACCAGAUUGUUGAUGACUGGUUAAGUCUUGUGAAAAUUAAGUUUCGUGAAGAACCUGGUUGUUGUAUUGCUGUUCAUUGCGUUGCAGGCCUUGGGAGAGCUCCAGUACUUGUUGCCCUAGCAUUAAUUGAAGGUGGAAUGAAAUACGAAGAUGCAGUACAAUUCAUAAGACAAAAGCGGCGUGGAGCUUUUAACAGCAAGCAACUUUUGUAUUUGGAGAAGUACCGUCCUAAAAUGCGGCUGCGUUUCAAAGAUUCCAACGGUCAUAGAAACAACUGUUGCAUUCAAUAAAAUUGGGGUGCCUAAUGUUAUUGGAAGUGGAACUUGAGAUAGGGCCUAAUUUGUUAUACAUAUUAGCCAACAUGUUGGCUUAGUAAGUCUAAUGAAGCUUCCAUAGGAGUAUUGAAAGGCAGUUUUACCAGGCCACAAGCUAGACAGAUAUGGCAACCUCUAUAUUUGGGUUACAGUAAACCUAUUUGGAUACUUGGCAAAAGAUUCUUGCUGUCAGCAUAUAAAAUGUGCUUGUCAUUUGUAUCAAUUGACCUUUCCCCAAAUCAUGCAGUAUUGAGUUAUGACUUGUUUAAAUCUAUUCCCAUGCCAGAAUCUUAUCAGUACAUAAGGAAUUUAGGAAGAUUAGGUGCCAAAAUAGCCAGCACAAUACUUGUAUAUUUUUAGUACCAUACAGAGCUAAAAUCACAGGAACUAUGAACACUAGACCUUACGUGGUUUAUUCCUUCAGUCAUUUCAAACAUUGAAAGUAGGGCCUACAUGGUUAUUUGCCUGCUCACUUUAUGUUUACAUCUCCCACAUUCAUACCAGUAUAUGUCAGGUUUGCUUAACCAUUGAUUUUUUUUUUUUUUUACCAAGUCUUACAGUGAUUAUUUAAUGUGUUUCCAUAAAUCUCACUUUGUGCUGUUAUUAAAAAAACCUCCAUUUUGAAAAUCUACAUUGUACAGAAGCACAUGUCUUUAAUGUCUUCAGACAAAAAAGCCUUACAUUAAUUUAAUGUUUGCACUCUGAGGUGCAACUUAACAGGGAGGGCCUGAGAAAAGAAUGGGAGGGGGCUAUUAAUUAUUUUUAGCAAAAUGUUGCCUUUGUCUUGUGCAGAACAUGUAGAAUAUGCUCUUUAAUUUAGUAAAAUAUUUUUUUAAAAGGUAGAGAUGCUUUGUUAUUGUAAUCAUAAACUUCCUGAAAUUCUUGUAAUUAUUUUCCCAUACUUAUCAGAAGUGUGUUUACCAACUUAUUUUUGUUUGAAAGUGUGAUUUUUUUUUUCCUCCCCAACCUCUCUUGCAAAAAAAGAAGUGGGUUUCUGCUAAUGAAUUGAGCAGACAUCUAAUAUUUUAUAUGCCUUUUGAGCUGUGUAACUUAAUAUUUGGAUACUUGACAAUUUGUUUUAUUAUGUAAUUGAUAAAAUGGUGAUGUGUAUUAAUGUUAGUUCAACCAUAUAUUUAUACUGUCUGGGGAUGUGUGGUUAUAGUUCUGUGGGAGAAAUAAUUUUGUCAGUGUUCACCAGCUUGUAAAAACUUAGUGCGAGAGCUGAAACAUCUAAAUAAAUAAUGACAUGCAUUUAUCAUCA